AUUUUUUUUGUAUAACAUUCUUUCAAAACAAUUUUAAAUUAAUUCAACAUUAAAUUUUUGCGCUUGUUUGUGCAAAAAUAUUUUUAUUUCUAAAAUUAAGUAUGUGAAGAAAUUAAGAGUAAUAAUUUUAGGAGUAAUAAUUUUAUAUAAGAAAAUAACUUUUUUAUAUUUUUAAAUAAGAACAUAUUAUUAGAAUUAUAAAACAUUUAUAAACUCUAAAAUUGUUUAUAUAUAAAAAUAUCGUUACUAAAGAAAUAAGCUUACUGAUCGAUUCAUGAUUAAUAAACGAAAUGCAUUUGUUCAUUGAUUAACGUUGCUCCACAAUAUUUUGUAAAACUUAAUCAGUAAAGCUACAUACAUACUAAUAUUUGCACAGAUAUAUUUCGGUUGACACAAAUUACGAACGGCAGAUUGUCCUGUGGCUUCCUUAGAUCCCGGCUUUUGCGAUGUUCGAUAGAGAGCCAUAAGAUAAUUGCCACCUCACAAUAUAGGGAAGUAGCACAAGAAUUUCACGAUUCCAUCUAUAUUCUCAAUAAACAGAAUAAAAAAUGGGGCGCCGUAGUAAAUGAAAUAUCGAUCAGUAUACAUUCUCAUGCUCCUUUAUAAUAAAACAUAAAACCCUAACUAAAAUCAUUAUCUACUCGAAGACAUCCUGCCUUAUCGAGAAUACUUAAGUUUCAAAGUAUCUAUACAAUAAUUAGAGACUAAAAAAACAUGGAGAAAGAAAAAUGUUAUCAUUUAUCGCAUGACAGGCAUUAUAUAUUAAUAAUAAUCAAACAGAAAUAAAAGUUCAAGAAGAAUGGCAAAUUUUUCUAAACUUUAGAAUGCUGGACGUAGUUUUAAAAUACAAAGAAAAAUAUUUAACAAAGGAAGAAAUAUACAUGAGGGCAAAUGAUAAAACAAAGAUAAUAAUCGAAGUCUUAAUUCUUUUACGCUACGUUUGUCAAGUUAGUUUCGAUUCGUUCAUCGCGACUACGACAUGAGGGAAAUAAAUUUUCAAAACGUGAAUUUUUUAAACAAUCGAGCAAACAUGCUCUCAGGGAAUCUAUUACCGAUGACAGUUGAUAAUUCAUUUCCAAUGUUCUGGCGUAUAUAUAGAGCCGUCGUCUGGUCAAUAGAACUGAUUCACGCAAUCGGGCUAAUCGCGGGAUUAAUUGUAUCUCCAAAAGAGAAAGCUUUGAAAGACGGCAUUAUCUCCGUCGUUGUCAUAACGGAGGCAACUUUCUUGCUCGCGGGUAUUUACACGCGGAAAAAGUUAACAACACAAGUGAUAGGGAAGAUGAACGAUCUUCUGCAAACUGCGGAUGAGAUUAUGGUGAACAUCGUGAAAACAACACUGAAACCAAUAAUUAUGCCAUUCAUAAUUUAUGGGGUGGCCAGCGUGAUAUCGGUCACUAUAUGGACCAUACAUCCGAUUGUAUUAGUUUUCGAGAAGACUACCUUUUACUACGUGGAUUAUAAUUUGCCAGCAGCUUUCAGCCCCGAACCGUUUUCAGUUGGCGUUCUAAUUCCAUCGACUAUCAUUAUGACGUUGGGUGGUGUCUAUCUGUUCCUGAGAAAAUACAGCUUGGAUGUGUACAUGAUGCAUCUGGUAUUGAUGUUAACUGCGCAAUAUCGAUACAUAGCAAUAAAAUUGGCAUUAUUAUUUGACAGUUCGCAACAGGGUAACAGUGACAACUCUCGAAAAAAGCAUCAUCCUUUGACAGAUUCAUGGACAAAAAAAGAAUUGAGAGCGUUAUGUCAGCAACAAAAUAAUAUUUUGUUCAUAUCAAUUAUGUUAAGGAAACUUCUGUCUGUGAACUUCAGCCUACUAUAUCUCAAUAGUGUUUUCCGCUUUUGCUUUUUAGGUAUCCUAAUGACCACAAUACCAUCUCUAACAUUGGCGGAAGGAAUUUCGAUUUUAUCAUUCGCAGCUGGUUCAGUAAUGCAAUUUUAUCUGUUAUGUUCUUCCGUCCAGACGUUAUCAGACGCAAGUGCUGAAAUAACGGAUAAAGCGUUUGGUGAAAGCUGGUAUGAAUUUCAACCAUCGGUGCAACGUAUGUUCAUAUUAUUAUUAUUGUCUAAUAAUCUAGAGUGUAAAAUUGCGGCGGUUGAGAAGUUCAACUUGUCUCUGCCCUCAUUUAUGGCGAUUAUGAAUCAGUCAUAUUCGAUCGCUCUUUUGUUUUUAAAAGCAAAUAAAUAAAGCAGAAAACAUAUGGUGCAUUCGUAAAUGUAAUAGACAGAGGCACUGGAAUGAGAGAACAAAUCAAUGAUAAAAAAGUUAAGGAAAAUUAUUUUGAAAAAAGCUUAUAGAGAGAUAAAUGUAUCUAUUUUGCAUAAUUAUUCAAGAAAUAUAAAUAUAACAAACAUAAUAUUAUUUAAUUAUUAAAAAUAGAUAUUAGAAUGAUAGAUGUUAGAAAUUUACUUUUGGUUUUUUUGUUUUCUUUUUAUAAUCUUUCCUAUAUCUUUUUCCUAUUAUUUUUUAA